AUGGAUUUUUUCACCGUGUUUUGUUGCGUUAGGGGUUCGGAUCGGAAAAAUCAAGGAAAAAAGGAAUCGACAUGGAGGAUUUUUUCUCUGAAGGAAUUGCAAUUGGCCACAAACAAUUUUAAUUAUGACAACAAGCUUGGAGAAGGUGGAUUUGGCAGUGUUUACUGGGGUCAGCUUUGGGACGGGUCUCAAAUAGCCGUGAAAAGGUUAAAGUCCUGGAGUAACAAAGCAGAGAUGGAAUUUUCUGUUGAAGUCGAGAUACUUGCUCGAGUACGGCACAAGAAUUUGCUAACUUUACGUGGCUAUUGUGCUGAAGGGCAAGAACGUCUUAUUGUCUAUGAUUACAUGAUUAAUCUGAGCUUACUCUCUCAUCUUCAUGGGCCUCAUUCUGCUGAAUGCCAUCUUGACUGGAACCGGCGGAUGAACAUUGCAGUUGGAGCUGCCGAGGGCAUUGCCUAUUUACAUCACUACGCAACCCCCCACAUAAUACACCGAGACAUUAAAGCUAGCAACGUAUUGCUGGAUGGAGAUUUUCAAGCUCAAGUUGCCGAUUUUGGAUUCGCGAAGUUCAUACCUGAUGGUGCAACACAUGUAACCACCAGAGUUAAGGGUACUCUUGGCUAUCUUGCCCCGGAAUAUGCAAUGUUAGGAAAGGCAUCAGAAAGCUGUGAUGUUUACAGCUUUGGCAUUCUUUUGCUUGAGCUUGCUAGUGGAAAGAAACCCCUAGAGAAGCUCAGUUCGACAAUAAAGCGAUCGAUCACGGAUUGGGCCCUACCUCUGGCACGUGAGGGAAAAUUCAAUGAACUUGUGGAUUUGAGGCUCAAUGGGAAGUACGUGGAAGAAGAGUUGAAAAUGAUUGUUCUCAUAGGGCUCAUCUGUGGUCAUAAUCAACCCGAGAAGAGACCAACAAUGCUUGAAGUGAUUGAACUUCUCAAAGGAGACACAGAGAAGUUUGCAGCUCUGGAAAUGCAUGAAAUGUUCAAAAUCAGUCCGGUUUUAGAGGAAAACUUGGAUAACAUUUCAGAAGAAAAGGAACCGAAACAAGAAAUUGAAAAUGUUCAAGUUCUAACCACUGGAAAUUAA